AAGAGCCAAUCAACAAAUAUCUAUUCACGCUUCUUGGCUCUCUCUCUCUCUCUCUCUCUCUCUCUCUCUCUGUAUCCCUACUUUGCCUCUGUUUCAUUUGGGUGGUUGUUUCUUAGAAGCCACCCUCUUCGGAGUUGAAACUCGUUGUCAGUUCUUCUUUUGGGCGCUUUAGCUGAUUCCAUUCCUUGAGUCUCAUGCUGGAUAUGCCAAACCAGUUAUCCUCAUUUCUGAGAUCCUUUAUUGUAUGAUCACAUCUUUUUUUGAGAUAUUAAGAUCAUGGGUAGAGGUAGAGGAAAGGCCAAAAAGCUAACUGUUACUAAUCACGAGGAUCCUGGAAGUGGUGAGGAUGAAAAAGUUCCUAUGCAAAAGAGAAGAGGAAGACCACAAAAACCUCUAAAGGAUGACUUUGAUGAAGAAGAAGUUGAGAAAAUAGAAGAUGACAGUGACAAUGUUAAGAAUGGAGUUUCUGACAAAGAGAUGAAAAGUCCCACUGCAACAGAGCAUGGAAGGAAAAGGAAGCGAAACAAUUCACAGGUAAAAGAGAAAUUAGAUUCAGUUGAGGAAGAAAAUGGCGUUGAAAAUCAAACAAGCACUGAUGAGUUGACAAAGUCCAAUGGAUUUCGGCAUAAUGGAAGCAGGCGGAAAAGCAAGCCUCGUCGAGCUGCUGAAGCAGGUGUGCAGUGCAAGUAAGGAUAUGGAAAGUUAUGCAAUAGCUUUCUUCCUUUUCAUAUUACCGGUUAAAAUUAUGAGAUAGGAAGUGAGGCCUAGUAAUCUUUGGUUUCUUUAUUUUAUUUUCUUGUUUUGCUUCUUUAUCCUUAUUUUUCUGGUGGGAAUGUUUUGUGGGGUUCGUUCCAUUAGGUGAUUCCAUGUGAUUAAUUCCUUCUUCUUUUUCAAUCAUGAAUUUGAGAAUUUACAAUGUUGGUUGUAGUUUUAUAAUGCUAUCACACUUUGAAUUUGAAUCUUUUCUACUAUGACUUUCAA